AUCCGGACCUAAGCUCAUCCACUGCAGCUGUGAACAGUCCACGUUUACUGAUCUUUUUUCUCUGAUCGCAUCUAGGCAUAGGUUGCAGUGGAGCGUACUGCUGUGUAGAGACAAAACACCCGCCAGAAUCUCGGCCUGUGCUGUGUGCUCCGCAUGACUUCUCCACCGGAAGUUCAACCUGCGCGCAUACCGAAGCUAUGCUCAUCGGUGCACGACAUCAACGCUGAGAAACCCCCAUUUGGAUCCAGAUUUCUUACGCAAGACUCUGAUGUCUGGACUCAGAACGCUUGGGACCAUGUUCCACCUCCUGAAGAUCAAACUGAAACGAUAAAUGCGUCAUUGGCGAGGCAACGUCUUGUCCCAGUGCCCGAGGAUGAUAAGAAGAAUUAUAAUGCGAAACCCGCAAAAUACUGGGAUAAUUUUUACAAGACGAAUGCCGACAAUUUCUUCCGAAAUAGAAAGUGGUUACAUCUCGAAUUUCCAGAGCUGCUGACAGCGGCAGAACCAGAUGCAGGGGAUGUAACCAUUUGCGAGAUAGGAUGCGGCGCCGGCAACGCUGCAUUUCCGCUCUUAACGGCGAACCAAAACCCAAAUCUUACCAUCCGUGCCUACGAUUACUCAACCCAUGCAGUCAAAUUAGUACAGACAAAUGCCCUCUAUAGCUCGCCACCUGUUGGCAAGAUAGAGGCAGCUGUCUGGGAUCUAUCCUCACCAGGCAUACUACCGCCAGGAGUAGAACCAGGGACUGUGGACAUUAUCAUCCUGGUGUUCGUACUCAGUGCGCUCCACCCGAAUGAAUGGGGUAAAGCUAUCGCUAACAUUCAUAAGAUGCUCAAGCCUGGCGGGCUUGUAUUAUUUCGCGACUAUGGUAGACAUGAUCUCACGCAGCUGCGAUUCAAAUCCGGUCGUCUCCUCGAAGAUAAUUUUUACAUUCGGGGUGAUAAGACACGAGUCUAUUUCUUCGAGCUUGACGAGCUUGCGCUGAUCUUCACCGGAUCCCGCGCCUCGCCUGCUCAGAAAACAUCGACAAUUACGGAAGUUGUAGACGAAGAUAAAGAUAACGAGCCAAUGUCACUACCUGCGCCAUCACAAACUGCCAGUCCCGCAUCAUACACGCCGGUGGGCACCCCCAACCUAGGAUCUGACGAUACCCCCAGCUUGCCCUCUUCAGGUCCAUCAUCUGACGUACACCACAACCUCCUUCGUCCUCUAGCCCACUGUCCACCACACCCUUUGUUUACAAUCGAACAACUCGGUAUCGACCGCCGGCUUUUGGUCAAUCGGAAACGGCAGUUGAAGAUGUAUCGCAUCUGGAUGCAAGGAAAGUUUCGUAAAGCCGAUUGAUGCAGACGCGGCAUGGAUAAAGUGGCGUAGCUCAAGUGGUUGAAUGCGUCACGGUGUACGUUCGUCCUGGUCGAUCGGGUCAUAUCAAGUACACGUCUUGAUCGGUCUUAGAGAAAUAAAUUACGAGGGUAAUUCUGUAAUUUAGGCAAAAGGCGAUAUACUGUUGAGACUUUUUUUGGCGAAUCGAAUUACGACAAGAUGACGAUGGUCAUGCAUCCGCUACAGA